AUGGUGUCUAGUAGUCGGAAAAAAUCGCCGCCUACUCUGAUGUCUGCCGUCCAAUCAGUACUCUUGUACGGCGCUGAAAUCUGGGCCCACGUGCUGGAGAGGCGUGUCUUCCGUGACAGGCUCUCCCGUGUUCAGCGUCGAGGUGCCUUGCGAGUUGCUUCCGCUUACCGCACAGUUUCCGAGCCUGCAGUCAUGGUGAUUGCCAGUGUCAUCCCCGUCUUUCAUCUCGCGAGGGAGCGACAGGCGAUCUACCGCAGGAGACCUGAAGUAGAUAGAGAGACUGCUGCCAGAGAAGAACGCAACCGCAGUUUCGACCGCUGGCAGCGUGAAUGGGAAGCCGAGUCUCGGGGACGUUGGACCGCCAGGCUCAUUCCUAGCAUCCGACUAUGGGUGGAACGGGAGCAUGGUGAGGUUACUUGA